UUCGUUUUAAUUAAAACUAAAAUAACUAAAUCUGUUAAAUCGAUUUUCACAAUUUUUGUCUGUUGUUUAUUAAGCUUCUCUUGUGAUUCUCCCUGAGCUUAAGACGACGACACGACAAGCAUCAUAUGAUUCCUCAUCACUGGCAAAUUUCCUCCUAAGAUUCAGAUCUUGGAGGAGCAUCUUAACCGUGAUUUCGAUUUAAUCGAGCAAACAAAGUCGCUAAUAGUUGAGUGGAAGAUUGCAAUCAAAAUCAUUAUUUUGCUUGGAACUGCAAUGUUGAUAGUGACUUAUCAUCAUCAUCAUCACCACCUAUAAGCUCUAUUCUUCUUCUUCAUUGGCGUUUUAGUGUUUUUUUAUUUAUUUGAGGAAAAGGCAUGGCUUUGGGAUCUCCUAAGGUUUCUAUAUUUGGUGCUGCUUUUCCUCGGAAGGUGUCCACCAUUGCAAUCGCUAUCGGAGGAUUAACAUCCUUCUUUGUUUUCGGAUUGUUGCUCCGUCUUUCUUACCCUAUCGGUUCAUCAUCAGUGAGUGGUGUGUUUUAUGGGAACGCGGCUCCUGAACAAGUUGAACAAGUCCCUUUGUCUCUCACCAACCAUACCGUGAAGGGGCUUUACACGGGUAGUGACGUUAGUGUUUCGGAGCAGAAUCUGACUUCUUCUGACUCUAGCUCUGGCUCAGCGGAUGCUGUUGUUAGCGAAAACAUACCACCACCACCGCCGGGUUUUGGUAGUGAUGAGAGGCCUUUAGUGGAUGGGAAAGAGGAGGAUACAGCUGAGAAGAAGACUGAUGUUGUUGGAUCAGGUGAAGUUGAAACCAAGGAUGGAGACACUCCAAGUGUAGUAGUAUCAUCUUCUUCUUCUCCACAUGAUGAUGACUCUAAAACUGCUUCAGCAGAACCAGAGUGUGAUUUGUAUCAAGGUAGCUGGUUUUAUGAUCCGGAGGGACCUGUGUACACGAACAACUCUUGCCCCGUCCUGACGCAGAUGCAGAACUGCCAGGGCAAUGGACGACCUGACAAGGGAUACGAGAACUGGAGAUGGAAACCUUCUCAGUGUGACCUUCCUCGGUUUGAUGCCAGGAAAUUUCUAGAGCUAAUGAGAGGCAAGACAUUAGCCUUCAUAGGUGAUUCGGUUGCUCGUAACCAGAUGGAGUCCAUGAUGUGCCUUCUUUGGCAGGUUGAAACACCGGUCAACCGUGGGAGCCGGAAGAUGCAGAGAUGGUUAUUUAAGUCAUCAUCAGUAAUGAUUGCUCGUAUAUGGUCAUCCUGGCUCGUACAUCAGUUCAACGAAAAAUUCGAUUAUGCUCCUGAAGGUGUCACCAAACUAAAGCUGGACCUUCCUGAUGAGCGCAUUAUAGAAGCUCUUCCCAAAUUCGACGUGGUUGUCCUGUCUUCAGGGCACUGGUUUGCAAAGCAAUCUGUCUACGUACUCAAUGACGAGAUCGUCGGAGGCCAAUUAUGGUGGCCGGACAAAUCAAAACCCAUGAAAGUAAAUAACGUGGAAGCAUUCGGAAUAUCAGUUGAAACAAUUCUAAAGUCCCUGGCUACACACCCUAACUACACCGGUUUAACCAUAGUGAGAACAUGGUCGCCUGAUCACUACGAGGGUGGGGCUUGGAACACAGGAGGUUCAUGCACCGGGAAAGAAGAACCCAUCCUUCCAGGGAAGCUAGUGAAAAACGGGUUCACGGAGAUAAUGCACGAGAAGCAAGCAACGGGGUUUAACAGAGCUUUGGAGGGAGUGGCGGAAAGCUCGAAACUUAAGUUAAAGCUGAUGGAUAUUACAGAGGCUUUCGGAUAUCGACAUGAUGGUCAUCCUGGUCCGUACAGGAGUCCUGACCCAAAGAAGAUCACUAAAAGGGGACCGGAUGGACGACCUCCACCUCAAGACUGCUUGCACUGGUGCAUGCCGGGACCGGUUGAUACAUGGAACGAAAUGGUGUUGGAGCUCAUAAGGAGAAACGUGGAAGGCAGUAAAAGGAAUAGCUGAUGAGUUAACAUAUACUAUUAAUAUGAUUCUUGAUCGAUGAUAAAACCAAAGAUAAACUCUCACUUGUAGAGUUUUUGUCAACCACGGUCAGGUAGAAUUAGGAUUGUUUUGAUCGUAUUUCUUCCACGUUCGCUUGUGUCUUUGAGAUUUAAAGCUAUUUUCCUCUAUUUGAUUUUACUUUUGGCUAUUUCCGAGCUAUUAUGAGUUGAGAGGUGGUACAUUAAUAUGGAAUAAAAAUUAAUUUUAAACAAGUA